AUGGAGGCGUCAUCCGUCGCUGCCCCUGAUGCAGCGUCCGUGGGGAAACAGCCACCGCCAGAGAAAGCCGAAGCCAUCAAGCUGCGCACCAAGAUAGUGUUGUUUUUCUGGGCUGUGAUUAUUCUGCUAGGUAUUCCGACAUGGCUGAAGACGACAUCAAUUUACCGGGCCAACCUCCCCCUACAAGAUAUGCUCGACUGGGCGGACGGCCAGAACACCCCGGCCACGAUUCCUUUGCACAUCUGGGUCUCGGCACCAGCUCUACCCUGCUCGGACGCCCAGACGAUUGUACGAGACACACAACAAGCCUUGGAUCACCUCACCGAGUAUCCUAUCCUCCACCAGAAGCUUCACCUCGUAGACCUUGAAGAACGCGGAGGUCAUGGAGGGGAAAAGAGCUGUGGCGAGGAUCUCACAAACCUGAAUCAUGAAGAACCUGCACUGAGACUAUAUCUUGAGCCAACAUCCGAUAGCUUUGCUUUUAGUCUGAGCGCUGUCGCUACGGAAGCUCGAGCUCGCAUACCUCCUAGUGCCGAAGCCGGUUAUGCAAAAGCACUGGCCGAAGCCCUUUAUGACCUCUUCAGGGAAGAGCAGAUUGCUGCAGCGCUCCAGACCGUCUCGCUUGCAAGCCACAGCCAGAAUGCCCAGACAUUUCUGCAAUCACAGCCCUACAACAUGGUCUCUGGGAUAGAGAAGCAGAUCAACCGCGCUUACAAGUCGUCCCCUGAAUUCCACCUGACCUUUUCUCUUCUGACAGCCACUGGCGCUCCUUCUAGUUGGGAUAUACAGCAUGCGCUUCAAGAGCACGUCCAGCCGCUUGUGUACGCAUUGUCAGCCGUUGCCGGUUUUGAGGUCACCACACAAGUGCAGCUAUAUGCGACUCUUCCACCCACCGUACAACCUCAUCACAUAGCAGGUCAGAAUGGGACGUACCUACACCAAAACGACCUCACGGCGUUUGUGAAUGCUGCAGAGUGGCCUCUAGCUCCAUCACUUGGAGAUGGGCCUACACUCAACUUCAUUCUCUACAUCCCAGCUAAGGAUCAGAUACCGCUGACGAUUGAAGGCAUCAAGGAGCUCUCAUGGGUCAUCCCUCAGUGGGGUGGCAUUCAGAUCCUGAACCCGCCACUGUAUCCGCAUCCUGUCCACGGUACUCCAAUGCUUCGAGAUCAUUUGGACAAAGAGGUGUUGCGCCGGCCUUUUGAAAAAUUUGCCUCGCAGCUGCUGUCACUUUUGGGCGUCUUGCAAUCCGACCAUGACGCUAAAGGCAAGCCUUUGCAAUUGCGUCUCGAUGCUUACAAAAGGUACUCGGCCUUGACGCUCCACCUGAAAGCGGGAUCCAGUCUGGGAUCACUUGCUCGGCUAGCUCAAAGGUUGAGCAACAUUCCCAUUCCGAGGAACGUUGCUCAACUUGUUGACGACGCCAUUGCCCAUCUUUCCGCCUCGUGUCGCGCGUUCUUAGGGAGCAGGUGGACUGAAGCUCUAGCCCAUGCCAAAGUAGCAUCUAAAGACAGCGAAAAGGCCUUCUUCGACAAGUCGAUGGUCGGCCAGGUCUAUUUUCCCGAUGAACACAAGGUUGCUGUGUACUUGCCUCUCCUGGGCCCGGUCGGGGUCCCUCUGGUCAUCGGUCUUCUGAGAGAAAUUAAACGAUUCGUCUCGAGCAAGCAAGCAGGAAGAGCAUGA